CUAUACUUCUGCUCACCACAAGCCAAACAGGCUUUUCUCUUUUCUCUCAUUUGCAUAAGACAUUGUUUGCAGAAGCAGCAAAGAUGUUUUCCGGUGUGACAGGUCUGAUCAACAGGGGCCAGAAGGUGAAGGGAACGGUGGUCGUGAUUCACAAGAAUUUGCUGGACAUCAAUGAACUCACCAAGGUUAAAACUGUUAGUGGUGCCAUUACUGGCGCCUUCGGUGCCGUCGGUCAAGCCAUUGGCACUGUUGUUGACGCCGCCACUUCCCUCGCCGGCCGCUCUGUGGCCCUGAAGCUCAUCAGUGCGACUGUUGCUGAUGCAAGUGGAAAAGGGAAAGUGGGGAAGCAAACCUGGGUGGAAGGUGUGAUUACCAACUUGCCAAAAUUGGGAGCAGGCCAGACUGCAUAUGACAUUCAUUUCGAAUGGAACUUCGAUGAGAUGGGUAUUCCCGGAGCCUUUUAUAUUGAGAAUUUUCUCUCAGGUGGUGAGUUCUUGCUUAUCAGCGUCACUCUUCACGACAUUCCAAACAAAGGAAACAUCGACUUCCUCUGCAACUCAUGGGUUUACAAUAACAAAAACUACAAAACUGAGCGCAUUUUCUUUUCCAACCAGACAUACCUUCCGGGUGAAACACCAGCUCCACUAGUGUACUACAGAGAACAAGAGCUGAAGACUGUAAGAGGAGAUGGAACAGGAGAGCGCAAGGAAUGGGACAGGGUCUAUGACUACGAUGUUUACAAUGAUUUGGGCGAUCCCGACUCCAACAUUCGUUUGAAACGUCCAGUUCUUGGAGGGAACAGCGAUUUACCUUACCCUCGAAGGGGAAGAACCGGCAGAAAACCAGCUAAAAAAGAUCCCCAAAGUGAGAGCCGCAGCAGCUUCUUUUACCUUCCAAGGGAUGAGGCAUUUGGUCACUUGAAGUCAUCAGACUUUCUUACCUACAUACUCAAAUCUGCAACUCAAAAUGUUAUACCUGCGCUUCGAUCUGCAGUUACAUUACAAUUCAACAACCCUGAGUUUAAUACCUAUGAUGAUGUGCUUUCACUCUAUGAGGGUGGGAUUAAGCUGCCAACUGAUGUACUUAGCAAGCUUAGCCCUAUUCCAUUGUUCAAGGAAUUCUUCAGGUCCGAUGGUGAACAGGCCCUUAAGUUCCCACCACCUAAAGUGAUUCAAGUGAAUAAGUCUGCAUGGAUGACUGAUGAAGAAUUUGCUAGGGAGAUGAUUGCUGGAGUAAAUCCUCACAUCAUUAGAAGACUUCAGGAGUUCCCACCUAAGAGCAAGCUAGAUACCCAAGUCUAUGGUGAUCAUACCAGUACAAUAACCAAAGAACACUUAGAGCCAAACAUGGGUGGGGUCACUGUUGAAGAGGCUCUUCAAAGCAACAAAUUGUACAUCCUAGACCACCAUGACCCAAUCAUUCCAUACUUGAGGCGAAUUAACGCCACUGACACAAAGGCCUAUGCUUCUAGAACCAUUAUUUUUGUUCAAAAUGAUGGAACUUUGAAGCCUUUGGCCAUUGAGCUAAGUAAGUUGAGUGACAGUGGUAAUGAUAAGUCUGGUCCUGAAAGCACUGUUUACACACCGGCAGGCCAGGGUGCUGAUGGUACUAUUUGGCUACUUGCAAAGGCUUACGUUAUCGUGAACGACUCUUGCUAUCAUCAACUUGUCAGCCAUUGGUUAAACACUCAUGCUGUUGUCGAGCCAUUCAUCAUAGCAACAAACAGGCAUCUUAGUGUGGUUCACCCUAUCUACAAGCUUUUGUUUCCCCACUACCGUGACACAAUGAACAUUAAUGCGCUUGCACGGAAUGUCCUGGUUAAUGCAGAGGGCAUUAUAGAAUCAACAUUCUUGUGGGGAAACUAUGCUUUGGAAAUGUCUGCUGUUGCUUACAAGGACUGGAAUUUCACUGAGCAAGCACUACCUGCCGAUCUACUCAAGAGGGGAGUGGCUGUUGAGGAUCCUUCUGCCCCGCAUGGCAUUCGCCUGCUGAUUGAAGAUUAUCCUUAUGCUGCUGAUGGACUAGAGAUAUGGGAUGCUAUCAAGUCAUGGGUAGGAGAAUAUGUCAAUUUGUACUACAAGUCAGAUGCUGAAAUUGUACAAGAUGCUGAGCUCCAAGCAUUUUGGACAGAACUAGUGCAGGUCGGUCAUGGUGACUUGAAAAGUAAGCCAUGGUGGCCUAAAAUGCAGAAUCGUGCAGAGUUGAUUGAAGCCAGCUCCACCCUCAUUUGGAUUUCUUCAGCCCUUCACGCAGCUGUGAAUUUUGGACAAUAUCCAUAUGGAGGCUAUAUCCUGAACCGGCCAACUCUUAGCAGGCGUUACAUGCCUUCGAAAGAUGCCGAGUUUGAUGAGCUCUCUAAGAACCCUCAGAAGGCCUAUUUGAGGACCAUCACAGCAAAGAGUGAGACCCUGACUGACCUUACUAUUAUAGAGGUGUUGUCAAGGCAUGCUUCUGAUGAGUUGUACCUUGGGGAGAGAGACGGCGGUGAUCUUUGGACUACUGAUACACAGGCAUUACAGGCCUUCAAGAAGUUUGGAACAAAGCUGGCUGAAAUUGAGAAAAAGCUCAUUCAGAGGAACAGUGAUGAGAGCCUGAGGAACCGGUAUGGGCCGGUGAAGAUGCCCUACACUCUGCUCUAUCCUUCUAGUGAGGAAGGAUUGACUUUCAGAGGCAUUCCUAACAGUAUCUCCAUCUGAAAAGGUUUAUGGUUGUGUUGCAUUGCAGCUUUAAAUAAAAAGAUGAGAAGGAAUAUGAUUCCCUCAUUCCCCUUUGUAUCCAAUCCCCUCAAUUCCCUAUGUGUGGUUACCAUGUAUGUUUGAUGCAUUACAUCAAUAAGAACUACUUCUAUGUUUUUACUA